AGGAGGAGUUUUCAUUCUGUUGUAGGAGGAUACAGAACCCCUGACCUCUUUCUGGACAGCGCUGAUUGGCCCUGUGCUGAUUGCAUGCACUCUCUCAAGAAAAAAAAAAACAACCUCUCUAGCAAUACACACCAAACUGAGCAUGUGCAGAAUGGCUACGGUUCAGUUUGUCUUAUCAGGAGAAGAGGAGGAACAGAGAAGUCAGGAUCCAACAGCCUUUUUACACAAUGCAGAGGAUUAACCCCAUAGGUUCCACAGUGAAUAUAACAAGCAUGCUUUACUGCAUACUGAUUUUACUGAUUUUACUGUUGUGGGUUUAGUAACACUUU